AUUAUUAGUCCUUAUUUCUUAACAACACAAACAACAAGCUUUACACCAAUCCCUUUCAAAUUCUUCUUCUUCUUCUACAAGAAAAAAAAAGGAACAUCUCUUUUAUUUAAUUUCUUCCUUCUUUCUCUCAAUGGCUUAUUCUUCUUCUUCUUCUUUGAUAAUUUCACCAAGGAAAUUGCGCUAUGACUUGUACUCUUAUUCAUACCAAGAAGAUUCCAACACCCCAUUAGUGAUCAAUGUUCUUGCUUCACUCAUUGAGAGAAGCAUGGCAAGGACACAAAGAAUUGUGAAGAACUAUGGCAGUUCUUCUUCUUAUGCGUCUCCUCCUUCUUCUUCGACUUUUAUUUUGUCGUCGAAAUCGAAGAACACAAACAUAUUUGAUUGCAGAGAGAUCCCUGACAUGACAAUCCAAUCCUAUUUGGAGAGGAUCUUUAGGUACACAAGGGCAGGACCCUCUGUUUAUGUUGUUGCAUAUGUUUAUAUUGAUAGAUUUUGUCAGAACAACCCUAGCUUUAGGAUCAAUGCAAGGAAUGUUCAUAGGCUCCUCAUAACAACUAUCAUGAUGGCUUCCAAGUAUGUGGAGGACAUGAACUAUAGGAAUUCAUAUUUUGCAAGAGUGGGUGGAUUGACAACAAAUGAAUUGAAUAAAUUGGAGGUAGAGUUCUUGUUCUUGAUGGGGUUCAAAUUGCAUGUGAAUGUGAGUGUGUUUGAGAGCUAUUGUUGCCAUUUAGAGAGAGAAGUUAGCAUUGGAGGAGGGUACCACAUCGAAAGAACACUGAGAUGUGCUGAACAAAUCAAAGCAAGUCAGCAUACAGAUGAUGAAAGGGGCUACACUCAAAUUGCACGUGUUAUGUUGUAGAAAUUAAUUCAUUAUAAUUAAUAUGGUUUAUUUUGUUAUUUUUAGUUAGGGAAGGGGAGGAGGGGGAUUAAUGAUAUUUUUGUUAAGGUUUCUUUUUCACCUUCAAAUAAAGAAAAGGUGGUUAAUGUGUACAGAGAGAGAUUAUGAGUGUAAAUCUAUAAUGUUUGUUAGGGGAUUGAGAUUUAAGGGCAAUAGAUGAUAGGUGAGGCUAAGUGAGAGUGAUGUAUAAAUUUGUGUUGUUUCAUCACAAGGAAACAAUGGAUUUUUAAUUCCACGGAAAAACUUUGUGAUUUUUUAAUAAA